AUGACUUCUGUGAUUACUACACGCAAAGAACAGGCUGCACAGGCUGCACGAGAUGUCCUCCAGCCGCAAUUCCACCAGGCAAGUGACGCCUUCUCACCAGACAUUCCUAACAUGCCACUCCAGGUCCAUCUCAAAGUCGAAGACUAUCUCAAGUUUCGUCCAGAAAACCCUAUCAAGCUCGAUAAAGACUCGCAGAUAUGCAGAGCAGCCCUGAACGGACACUGUCCUCUCGGCCCAAAGGACUGUCCACUACGCCAUACAAAUCCCUCACCGCUCAACUUUCAGCCAGCCCAACAGGGUCGCGAUCAACGGGAUCCUCGCCUCAUGUCUACCGUAUGUAAGCACUGGCUACGAGGAUUAUGUAAAAAGUCAGACGCCUGCGAGUUCCUCCACGAAUAUAACCUUCGUCGUAUGCCAGAAUGCUGGUGGUACGCAAAGAAUGGCUUUUGUUCUGCUGGCGAAGAGUGUCUCUAUGCACAUCCAAAGGGAAGUCGCGUCGAGUGCCCAGAUUACAAUAGGGGCUUUUGCAAACUUGGUCCUGACUGCCCGCGCAAGCACGUUCGGCGUGUGAUUUGCCAACUCUACUUGAACGGUUUCUGUCCGGCUGGUUCUUCAUGUCCAAAGGGACACCCCAAACCCACUUUACCUCCUCCCUCUGCGUACGAGCCAACACCCGAUGCUCAACGAGAACUAGGGCCCCCUCCGCCAAACUUGGUACGAUUCGGAGGAGAUCCCAACCAGCCCGUCUUCCGUCCAGAUGGCUCGUCGUUUGUGCCCAGGCGUAAUCUAGAUGAGGUCCUCUGCUUCAAAUGCGGUCAGUAUGGUCAUUAUGCAAAUCAAUGUCGCAAUCGCAACGUUCCUGGAAAUCGAGGAGGUAUCGAGCGUGGUUUGGCACCGUUGAAGAAUGAAAUGAUGUGA